AAGCGAGUGAGGCGACUCCUCCCUCUUAUGUCUCUCUCAUCAUGGCUCCGGCGGCGGACAGGACGGGCUACUGGGGAACACCGACCUCAACUCUCGACUGGUGCGAGGAGAAUUAUGUGGUCUCGUAUUAUGUCGCAGAAUUCUGGAAUACUGUCAGUAACCUGAUAAUGAUCCUACCUCCCAUUUAUGGGGCCAUUCAGACGUGUAAAGAAGGUUUGGAAGUACGCUAUGUGUGGUCCUUUUUAGGACUUGCUGCCGUAGGAAUUGGUUCAUGGUGCUUCCACAUGACACUACAGUAUGAAAUGCAGUUACUGGAUGAGCUGCCAAUGAUCUACAGCUGCUGCAUCUUUGUCUACUGUCUAUAUGAAUGCUUCAAGCAAGAGCGUGCUGUUAACUAUUUGUCAAUUACACUUUUGCUGACCUUCAGUAUUAUCGUUAGCGUGGUUUACCUGAUAUGGAAGGAGCCUGUGUUUCAUCAGGUCAUGUACGCCGCGCUUGUGGCUUUCUUGGUGAUUCGCUCCGUUUUCAUAGUCACAUGGGUAUAUCCGUGGCUCAGAGCCCUCGGCUUUACAUCAUUAAGUGUCUUCCUGUUGGGAUUCGUAUUAUGGAACAUUGAUAAUAUCUUUUGUGACUCUCUAAGAGCAACACGGCAGAGGCUGCCCCCUGUGGUCGGAGCAGUUACGCAGCUUCAUGCCUGGUGGCACAUUCUAACAGGCCUGGGUUCAUAUUUACACAUUCUCCUCAGCCUUCAGAUUCGUUCAACCUACCUCAAGCGCAAACCAAAAGUGAAGUUUUUAUGUGGCGUAUGGCCGAUGCUGCACAUUGAAUCUCAGAAGGCAAGUUGAAAACGACCUGAGAAGAGGAAGAUGGACCAAUCACAGACCUCAGACAGACAGAGGUCCAGCCAGUGAGCUUCAGUGGGAGCAGGAAGUGACGAACGGUUGUCGGUUUUGUUCCCCCGUUCCUGUGUUCCCCUUUCCACUCCGUUUGCCAAGUGCAUUACUGAGAAAGCUGCCAAAAGAUGGAAAGCUUUUGUCAUUGUUAUAGGUUAGAUGAGCGGUUUGUGGUUUUGUGAUUUUGCACACUAUAAUAUGUAUAAAAAAAUAUUCUUUAAAUCUGAGGGUCUAAUAAGCGAGAAAGGAGCGGACAAAACUAGGAUUUGAUUCUGGCCAGUAUUUCUUUGUUGCCUUCAUGAGGGAAACUAAUAUAGCUUGGAUCAUAUCUAGUCAGAUUGGUCGUCUUAUAUGUUUUACUUGCUGUUAUAUGUUUUACUGUAAUAAUGGUCAUUAAGCCACUCACUUAUGAAUCAGCGUUCUUGAACAAAUUGUUCAAUUAAUGAUUCAGCGACUCACUCCUCACGACUGUUUUUUAACGAAUCACUUACAGGACCGACUUAAAACUAUUGAUUCAAGGACACUGUUGUAUAAAAAUAAAUAUUUAAGCAUGAUUUUUGCAAUUCAACCAUCUCAAGCCUCUCAUGUCACCAGUAUGUAAUUGAAUUGAUUUCAUUUAUUUUCAUUUUUGGUAAACUAAUUAUGAAUAGAGUGUUAACAUGAACAUUUUGAAGGAGUUAUUAUGAGUGCUAAUUACAUUGAGCUGAGAUAAGAUAUAAAAAUGCUGUUACUCAGUCUGAUUGAAAUCAAAUAAAAACCUACUAUCAUUAGUAGGCUAAAUAAAUGUCUCAUAAGCUAGAUAGGCCUAUCUAUUAUGCUCUCUAUUGUUAAUUAAAAUUGACUACUUUAACUGCUACAGACAGCACUCGCUAUCAGAAAAACAACAGUGAAAUGUAGUUAUGUGUGAAGACAUGUUAGCUAUUAAUAUCGAUUCAUUAUUUGGUUUAUGUAUUAUGCUUAGUUAAUGGUUCAACACAUUCAUCUCUACGUGAAGCACAGUUGAUAAAAAGAAAAUCUCACAUAAUCCGUUGAGGCGUGAGGCACAGUGUUCCUGUAAAGUCUUGUUUGUAUCAUUGAGGGUGCCUUAGAUUAAACUGUAGUUUUUUCCUUGUUGCCUUGAUUUCCAUUAUAUUAAAUAUAUGGUGUCACACAUCUAAUGAUACGAAUAAAAGUAAGUGGUCAGUAUUUUCUCUUAGUGUACGGUAUAAAUGAACUAACAACAGCAAAAAUACUGGCGUUGUCACUGCAUGCAUUAUAUUGCCUAAAUCCACUGACUCAGUUCUUUAGAUAAUAGGCAAUACAUUUUUGGACCUCUAAUCAUGCUUAAUGACUGAAAUUAUGAGUUAUAAUAAUGGAAUAUUGUGACUAACCCUCCCAGCAUUGUCCUGUAAAAGCCGUUUAAUGAUGGAUGUGUGUGUUUUUUGUAUGUUUAGUGUGUGACUUGUAAAGAUUUGUUGCCAAAACAUUAAACAUUGUUUUGAUUGAUUGUA